AUGUUCCGAAAGGAAGAUAAUUCAAACUCUAAUGUGCAAAAUAAUUUCUUUCUUCCUCUGGAAUGUGAAUACACUAUACAGGAUAGUCUACCUUCAAAGAAAAAAUAUGGUAUGAUAGAAAGUACAAAUUUCUUCCCACUGAAUGAUUCGUUAUUCACAUCUCCAAAAAAUUCAGAAAGUCAUAAUAGUGGUCAACCUCGUCACGGUAAUAUCAAAUUUGUCACAAGCCGCUGUUGUACUGACACAGUUCCGACAAGAAUCGAUAUGAGAGAAAAAAAAUCGGAUAAUAUCCAAGACGACGGUCUCUUUAGUUCGAACUAUCACGAUGUCAACAGGAAUGUAUCAGCUCCGUCCAAUAAAGAUAGCCAGAGUAAGGACUAUAGCUAUAUAGCAGAGUCUAUUUUUUUGAGAAAAAAUGAAAACCUGGAUAAUCUUUGCUCAGGUUCGACAACGUUUGUGCUAAGUUCUGCAGACGAAGACGUGAUAGAAUUUAGUUUUGACGAUAACGUGCCUUGUGUUGAGUUGCUUUCUGGCGCCACUCUCGAAAAAAGUUCGUUGACGCUAAAUGAAGUAAACAAAAAACUAUUUAAUACGCUAUAUGACUUUGGAGUAAGCAAAGACAACCCCGAAGAAAAUUUGGUAGAAUCGAUACUUCCGAAUUGCGUGGCAUUAUUGAACAUAUUUGAUGACAUUGAACUUCUGACCAGCUCUUGCGAUGAAAUUUUUGAAAGAUCUACUUUCAUUAAUACAAUCGAGUUCAUUGUGCACGAUAUUUGGGUACAAACGUUGACAAAAAACAUAAACUUAUUACAAACGUUGAGUGCGGAUUUGAAAUGGUACAAGGACAACUACCUAAUAUGCAAGUCAAAAAUUCAGUAUCCCUCAACAAACAUAGUGGAGAUACUAGGCAGUUUGAAGCACUUUCCCAAUUCUAUUUUACAAACUUUUAAAUUCGGAAUCGAGCUAAAAGAACAAGAUCAGUAUCACGAUAAAAGUCCCAUUACGAACUACAUUGUUUUCACUAGGAUGUUUUGCACAAUAGUUUUAGAAAUUCAAAAAUGCUUUAUCUUAAUCGUCAAAUUCAUGCACUCUGUCAGGUUUUUGGAAGAGUUUUCCAAUGAAAUAUUUUUAUCGUUUAUCGAGGUUCUUGUAAAAAUUGUCUUUGAGCACCAGGUCCCGCAGUUGUUUUUGGGAAUUGAUGAAAUUAUUCAACUAUGGUUAAAAGACAGUGAUAUAGAACGGCGACAAAUUUUGAGCGCAUGGUGCAAUGGAGUCAUCCAAGACAUAAAGCAAAGCCAACCAAGAGGUGCCUCAAACACAGAAUCGGGAUCGAUCGCUUCAAGUUCAGAAGAUGACGACGAAGGUCUUCAAUUCAAUAAAUGGGAUGUGAUUGAACCAUUUAUUGACAAUAUUAACUCUCUGCAAUAA